AUGACGCGCCCCAAGGUACCUCCUGAACAGCGGCAACGUACUGCCCAGGCGUGCGACAGCUGCAAGAGGAGAAAACAGAAGUGCAACGGUCUUUGUCCAUGCAACACCUGCGAAAAGCGAAACUUCAGUUGCAUCUAUGCUGAUCGCGAGCCUGGCUCCCCUAACGAUGGCGGCCCGCCAGCUAAGAGGCGAGCGGUCGGCGACGGAGAACUUGAUAGCCCAUACGCUGACGACAACUCCAUGUCAAACACCCCCAGCAACGGUAAUCAUCAACCUUCGCCCCUAGCUCCGGUGAGGCGAAAGUCUUCUGCUGCCAAUCGUCCAAAUUCAAAAGCACAGGAUGGGCGCUUGCAUCCCCUGAAAAAUGAGACGCCAUUCAAAUCUUCUGGGGCUCGACCAAGCGUCGAGAUUGGCGCUUUCCAUCAGCUCCCAACCAGCAAUGCCAAUGGCGAGCAUUUGCCAGCCCGUUCGCGAGGAACAACCGUUGGAAGCGGACCUGAGGAAGAAGCGAUCAUCUACAGUCAAAGUCGAAUGUUGCAGGACCCGACUGGCAGAGUUCUCUACAUCGGGGACUCGGCGACUCUGUCAUUCCUUCAACUUCUACGCAUGAUGGUGGAGACUGUGACAGGAGACUCAGCAUUUACCAACGAUCCUCGACGGCAUAAGAUAGUCGAAGGACAGUACUCACUACCACCUGGCUACAGGCAUACUCAUCUGCUUCCUGACAUGCAGACUGCUCGUGUGCUUGCAGAUGCUUUCUUUAUCAACACUCACGGACUACUACAAGUCUUGGACCGUGAUCGAUUCCUGGAAGAAAUGGAGGGAUGUUAUGCUGACCCGUUCCAAGUCCAGCCUCCAUGGCUCUGCCUCUUGAACAUGGUCUUUGCCAUUGGACUCACUAUGGCAACCCCCCUGUCCGGAAGUCCUGAGGCUCUCAUGAUUGACAAGCUACGCAGUGAGCAUCUUGAUCGAGCAGAGGUGUUCUAUUUGAAUGCGAAAUCGUUGAACGACCCUAUGAACGGGCUCGAAGACCAGGACUUUUGGUCUGUGCAAGCGUUGUUGCUCAUGUCCGUCUACAUGCUUGCGAAAUCCAAGCGGAACACGGCAUUUGCUCUGCUCGGUAUGGCAGCUCGCUCUGCACACGCACUCGGGCUGCACCGAGAAGAAACGAUGGUGAUAUUCAGUGCAGUGGAGCAGACACAACGGAAAAACAUGUGGAGAUCGAUCUUCGUCGUUGACCGACUGCUCUCCUGCUCGCUUGGCCGACCUACCGCGAUCUCGGAAGACGACUGCUCAGGGGAUGCGCUCCAUUCAUCUGACCCGCCACUGGAGCAGCCGUUCAUGAUCAACCCGGCGCCUGGCUUCAACGAGACGGGACCAUGUGCUCUAGAUGCUGCGGUACGCAGCUGCUCGGUGAUAGGCGUUAUUCUGCGCAAAGUGUACCAGCAACGCAAGAUCAGUACACGUCUGGCGCAAGAGAUUGCCGACAUCUGUAAAUCGUGGCCGCGGGCUCUGCCUUCGAUCUUGCAUUGGAGACAAGCAGCGAGCGCAUCACCCAGUCAAGGUGUGGCGAUACUACACGUCAAUUUGUUCUACUGCCACUCGAUCAUUCUGCUGACGCGACCGUUCUUUCUCUAUAUCCUUAAUUUGGAAACACAACGUCACGUCAAUCAAACACAGCCCAGGAUCAGAGGACCGAGGCCAUACCUUCGCAUGGAGAAGUUCAGCGAAGCGUGUGUCAUCGCAUCAACACACACGAUUCUCCUUGUACACAAUGCGUUUGAUGCUGGGUACUUGUCGCGACGAAAUCCUGCAGUCAUCUACUUCCUUUUUGCAGCUACGCUGGUUAUACUUGCUAACGAGUUCGCCGGGCUAUACCGGGUAGAUGCGUCGGACACGUGUAUCCUGAACGCAGUCAACAUCAUGAACUACUGUGCUGAGAGCGAUCAACAGGCCAGCCGCCUUGUCUAUAUUCUCAGCACUUUUCGUGACGUUGUAGCCCAGCAACGCGUGCGUCGCAAGCAGAGUCAAGCCGACAACAUCAGCCUGCCCAGCAUAUCCUCACAACUCUACGGGGCUGCUGCACCCACUCAGCAAAAUGCACAUGUCCCGAAUGCGAAUCUCGCGGACUCGACAGAUGGUAUGAAUGCAACACCGCGACUUCACCAAGUCCCUAUCCACAUCUACCCCGGCAUGCAGACAGCACCUCUCGAUGCCAGCCCGGCGGCUUUCCAGCCGCCGCACCUUGGGCACGCCAACUCGGUUCCGAACGUGAAGCAGCUCUCGCCGCGGCAAACGGAUUUCUCUGUACAUCUGAGUCCGAUGCAUGAGCCGCCCAACAGUGGACCCGACUCGGAGUCGUACAAUACUGGAGUGUCGGCGCUGAACACGCCAUCUAUGGCUCCGAGUCUGAGCACGAUUCUCGACCUGAGCGCUCUUGACAGCACGCGGGUGCCUAGCCUGCAUAGUGAAGAGAGUGGGCUGGAUGAACACAUUGAUUUUGAUGCUUUGUGGGCGUGGCCGAGCAACACGCCGGCAAUGGGGAGUCCGCGGCCUGGAGGGGAUGGAGGGCUUCACGCUGCGGGACAGGGGGUCGGAGGUGUGGGAGAAGGUGUGCCUGUGCCGCUGUUUGGAGUCAGCCAUGAAGGAGCCGAGAGAGCGGAGUAG